UUUUCACCUCUUCGAAUGUUUUCGUACUCCUCCACCAAGUAAACGUAAGACCCACUCCCCAGCUCUCUCUACCAUCAUUGGCAGUUUCGCACAUAUCUUUCUCACAAUUUCUACAUAUUUUUCGCCUUCUUGAGGCGCACGCACACGCUCUCGGCCAACUACCAAAGUCUUAAAACCCAAAAACACGCACAAAAUCCAAAAAAAAAAAAAAAAAAAGAGAGAGAGAGAGAAGCUUUUUCAUUUUUAAUUGUCGAUGGCAAGGGAUAGCUGCUUGGCCCGUGUCGGCGCCGGCGUUGCUGUCGGUGGCGCUGUUGGUGGUGCCGUCGGUGCUGUGUAUGGCACAUAUGAGGCUAUUAGGUUUAAGGUACCAGGACUUAUGAAGAUCAGGUAUAUUGGACAAACUACACUAGGCAGCGCGGCUAUUUUUGGUCUUUUCUUGGGUGCUGGCAGCCUGAUACACUGCGGGAAGUCUUAUUAAGCAGUUUUUUGGUUUAUUAAUUUUGCCUGUCUAUUAACUUCUGCUUUGAACUUUGAUGUCACCAUGCCCUUGGACAGUGUGCAAAGAGUGCAAUAAUCAUAUGAUUACUUGUUUCAAAGGCAAAACUUUUCUUGUGCUGUUGUUUUCAUGGUGAAAUUUUCUUUGUAAUUUCUCUCUCUCUGACUGUGAUUGCACACUAUGGUAUGAUCAGUUUAAUUUUCUA